ACCGGAAGUCACCCGGUGCAUUGUGGGCCGGCGAUGGCGGCUAUGAGGGCGGUGUAUUUGCUGCGCUCCGCCGCUCCCCGGGGCCGGUGCCGGGGCCGAACUUACGUUGGGUUCACGGUGGAUCCGCGGCGGCGGCUCCGGCAGCACAACGGGGGCAGGAGGAGAGGGGGAGCCCGCAGGACCAGCGGGAGAGGGCCCUGGGAAAUGGAACUUUUCGUCCACGGCUUCCCCUCCGACGUCGCCGCCCUCAGGUUUGAGUGGGCGUGGCAACACCCAAACUCCUCCCGCUGCCUCUUGGCUCCGCCCACUCGCCGCCCCCGGGAGCAGCCAAUCAGCUUCGCCCUCCGCCUCUUGCCCUGCCUCCUUUUGGCCCCGCCCUGGAAUCGCCUCCCGCUGAGGAUCCGUUGGCUCCGCCCACCUCGCCCCACCCUGGAGUUGGCUCCGCCCCCUCACGUGGUUGAGGAGGAAGGGGCGGGGCUGCCACGCCUUAAAAGGAAAAAGGGGCGGAGCCAAGAGGUGGAGGUGGAAAGUUGGGGGUGUGGCCUAUGUGGGGAGGCACAGGCCACGCCCCUUCUGCGCUGUCCCCGCCCCCAGUGCAAGAUGGCCGCCCAUCCCUUGUGCCUGGCCCGGCUCUUCCUGGCCCCGGAGCCGCUGCAGCUGCUGCCAGUGGGGGGCGCCUGUCCCAGGUGCCACACCCACCUCCUGUGGGGAGAUCUGAUUCGCCGCUGCCUGGGAGAGGCGGAGCCUGAAGAGGAAUGGGUGGAGCCUGAUGACAUCAUCAUCCCAAGCUCCGCCCCCACAUGAAGCCACACCUACACUGCGAUUUUACCAUUUUAAACUUAUUUAUUUCUAAUAAAAUUCAUUUU